AUGAUCACAUCAUCGACAUCUCAGUCGAAGUUCGAACCAACCUCGCAAGAUGCCGACGGUAUGGAGGCGGAGGUGACUAGAGCCAGCGUCAACCAACAACAGCAAAUUCUCCCCGGUGAGGACCACUGCCAACACCACCCCACGGAAAGCACGUCACCGGCCCCUGAAAACACGACACCCAACCCUCAGGCAGAAAGCUCCAGCACCAACAACUCUUCCGAUUCUAGCCAGCCUCAUUCCCAUAAUCAUCUGGCUUUGCCGCCGCUUCCCGAGGCUCGGUCCAACGCUGAUUCCAUCACCCUUGACUUGGGGGGUCAAGUAGGAGGCGGCGCAUCGACCAAGCUGGACCACCUCGGUCCCCUUGUGGUUCACCAGGACGGUACGAUGUCGCGAAUAAAGAACUGGGGUGAGAUGACUCAGAUCGAGAGGGAGAGCACGAUGAGGAUCCUUGGCCGGCGGAAUCAGACUCGCCUGGCCAGUCUUAGGGACAGCGUCGACAGCGACAGGAAGGAAAGGCCGAGAGCAGCAGCGAGAGACGAUGAUAAUUGA